AACAGCAGGGGGAUGAUGGGUCUUCUCACAACAACCCUGUCAGCGUAACAAUGAGAAACUGACCCGGUUUGCUUUUAACGUAUUGGAUCGUCUUAAGAUUUUCAUUUACGUUUAAAGUACACUAAAGUAGCUGCGACCCGGAACGAUUUUAACCUAACUCUUUCUUUCUUGGGAAAGCUAAGUACAGUAUGUUGGACUGCCAACGCUAGAGCCGAAUGACUGAAGAGACACAUUCAGACAUGUCUGAAUAAUAUUGGUGAUGAUGACUUGCUCACAUUGACCUUUGCCCUCAAAGCCUGACCUCUGAUUGGUCAGGAAUUAGAGUGAAACACACCAUAAGAGAAGACCACCUCAAGCUACAAUGUCUGUCCAGGAAGCAUCCCAACGGCCCACGUUGCCCUUACCCCUCAAACCGGAGGCCAAGCAAAGACCGGAGAUCCCCCCGAAACCAUCGACACAAACCAGCUCCCCUCCCCUAGGAGACAGAGGCAGCAGUACGAGCGCCUCUGGUGGGAAAGUCAAAAGGAUCGUAAACAAGUUUAGCAAACAGGAGUCUGAGCCGAAUGAACCCGGGGAACAACCCACCAAUGGUACCUCAGACCUCACACCAAGUAAGCGGUUCAAAAGGCCGCCUACCAUAAAGCCCAAACCAGGUCGCACCAGUCUGCAGCUCCAGAUAAGGGGAGAGCAGGCGCCUCCGCUGCCUUUAAAGAGGAGUCGCAUCCUGCAGAAACAGAAAGAAAGUGUGGGAGGAGAGGAGGUGGACAGCAUCAGUGUGGAAGGAGGUCGAUCAGCGCCUGAUGGAAAGGAGGUGGAGGUUAAGCUGAUUGGAGGAGGUGAAGCGGAGUCGGAGCACAGUCCAGACACCCCUCUCAGUCCCUGCUGCGACCCAAGCUGCAGCUGCGUGUGCCACCUCCAACGGCCUGGCAUGAAACUAAUAUGGGUGCCCAUGGACGUGGAAGGUGGCGGGCAGAAGGGUGGAGGUGGAGAGGAGGAUGAUGCUGAUGUGGAUGAGCAGAGGGAGGAGGAGGGGGAUGACUGGGGGGUGUAUGAGGAUGUAGAGCCAAUAGGGGAAGGGGACAGUGAGGCAGGGGACGAGGUGGACAGGAUUUCUGUGGUUGAUGAGAGUGAGGUUUUGAAACAAGAGAAGGCAAAGUUCAACCAGUCUUUGGAUGUUUUGAUCGCUGAGGUUCACAGGAGGCGGUCGGACCCAGGGCCUCACAGUGUCCUCACCUCCCUUGCUGUCACUCGCUCUCAGUCUCCUCCUGUUCCCCCAAAACGAGCUAAGUCACCCCCAGUCCACCUCAGUCCCACCCUAAAUGAAGAAGACAAUAUUUACGAGGCCACACUUCCAGUGGUCGACCCUGUUCCUAAAACGACCACACCUGUGUGUAAGGAACUGGAUAUUCCUCUAAUCAAGGUGCGCAAACCAGCCCGUCGGUCUAAACUGUCCUCCAGCACCUCAGACCCUACAUCCGAGUUUCAGAUUAACAACGAACCCAUCUCAAGCCCACACGACGUGCUGCCUGCUGUCCCGCCAAGGAUGCCUCUGAUUCAAGACAGCCGCAGCCUCACGCCGGUGCACCGAGGUGGCAUUCCUCUCCCUCAGCCCACCCUGGAGGAGUGGCGACUCUUGAGACCUUCGUCACCUGGCAGCUCCGCUGCCAGUGGGCUGAGCACCCAACGAGCCAUCACUCCACCCCCAACCAACCCCCUCCUGCCUCACAGACCCCCACCUCCACCACCAAAGACAGAUCCACGGAGGCUCAGCAGUGCCUCACUGCAAUCCCUAACACAUAAAAAAGAAGGAGAGGAGAAUGGAAGGAAUGAAGGAGAAAAAGAGGACAUAAUGGAAGAGCUGAAUAGCUCCCUCAGGAGGGGGUCUUUGUUCAGCUGGGAGUCCCGCCUGCAGGAUGAGCCUCUGUACCAGACGUACCGUGCCACUGUCAUCACCAAGGAGAUCCGACGCCAGACGGUUUGCCGUAACAUCAGUAAGACUAGUGUGGACUACGCUAUGGACUUGACUGCCCGUCCCUCUGGGACUGGUACUGGUACCAUGAUUGGAAAUGGACCGCACAGGGGCAACCCUGUACCCACACCAGGCCAGAGCACUCUGUGGCAGGACCUCCCGGCUGUCAGGGACAGUGGAGUGCGGGAGCAGCUCACCCCUGAACAGUGCAAGUACCAGGAGAGUAUGUUCGAAGUUUUGACAUCAGAGGCCUCUUACCUUCGAUCCCUGCGAGUCCUGACCGAACAUUUCAUGGACAGCCGGGAGCUGGAGGACACGAUGAUCAUCAGGGACAAGAAAACCCUGUUCUCCAACAUCCUGAGGGUCCGAGAGGUCAGCGAGAGGUUCUUGAAAGACUUGGAGGACCGCAUAUUUAAGCUCCUGGUCUUCUCUGACAUCUGUGACAUUAUCCACUACCACGCCCAGCACAAGUUCCCCGCCUACAUCGACUACGUUCGCAACCAGAUCUACCAGGAAAAGAUCUUCACUACACUCAUGAAGAACAACGUGCAGUUUGCUACGGUCAUCACUCGUCUCCAAGAGUCCCCUCAGUGCCAGCGGCUGCCCUUCAUGUCCUUCUUGCUGCUGCCCUUCCAGCGAAUUACACGCAUCAAAAUGCUCAUCGAGAACAUCCUGAAGAGAACAAAGGAGGGGACGAAAGAGGAGGAGACUGCCUCCAAAGCUUUGGCUUCUGUGUCGAAGAUCAUCGACGAGUGUAACACUCAGGUGGGAAAGAUGAGACAGGUGGAGGAGUUGAUCUAUGUCUCUCAAACACUGGAGUUCGACAAGCUCAAGGCCAUCCCAGUCAUCUCUCAGAAUCGAUUUCUGGAGAAGAAGGGUGAGCUGCAGGAAAUGUCCAAAGGAGGUACUCUCUUCAACAUGAGGGCCAAGUUCACUCCCGUCUACCUCUUCCUCUUCAACGAUCUGCUCAUCAUCACCUCCAAGAAGGGUGCGGAGCGUUUCGUGGUUCUAGACCACGCCCAUCGCUCUCUGGUGCAGGUGCAGCCAGCAGAUGAAGGUGGGAGCAGCGGCGGCCCUUACGAGCACUGCUUCAACCUCACCCUGCUGGAAAACCACCAGGGACGCAUGAUAGAACGGCUGUUCAAGGCUCCCUCGCAGUCAGACAUGCACAGGUGGAUGGCGGCUUUCCCCAACCCCACCAACCCGGACAGAGACGAAGAGGAAGUGAUUUAUGAAGACUGGGAUUGUCCUCAGGUGCAGUGUUUGGAGCAGUACAUUGCCCAGCAGGCAGACGAGCUCACCCUGGAGCCCACUGAGAUCGUCAACGUCAUCCGCAAAACCAACGAGGGCUGGUAUGAAGGGAGUCGUCUCUCAGACGGUCAGAAGGGCUGGUUCCCCGUAGGACACGUCAUAGAGAUCACCAACGAGCACGUGAGGAGGCGAAACCUCCGAGAGCGCUACAGGGUCAUACAGGCUGCGAGCGCGGUUGCCAACAGCAAGGUCCGCACCAUUCAUUAG